AUGAACAAUUGUAUCAUUAAGUUUUCUUUGUCUCUUCUUGUAAUCUUACAUAUUUUUCUUUCCCUGCUACUUUGGUAUUUUAACCAUGCCUCAGCUGCUGAAUUAACAUUCAAUAUUAUUACUCUCGGAGCUAAGCCUGAUGAAAAGACCGAUGCCUCGCCUGUCCUUCAAACGGCAUGGGCUAAGGCCUGUGACUCAUCUGAACCAGCCACUAUUUAUGUUCCCGAGGGUAUAUUCUUCGUUCGAAGUGUGAGAUUUAAUGGGCCUUGUAAGAACAAUGCUAUUACUGUUCUCAUUGAUGGAACUCUUGUGGCUUCCUCGGACAUUCACGUUUUAGCUAAUUCUAGUUCUUGGAUUUUGUUUAAUCACAUAAAUGGGCUUUCCAUUACUGGCGGUAUUAUUGAUGGGCAAGGAACUCCCUUAUGGAAUUGUAAACACUCAGGGAAGAGUUGCCCCAUUGGAGCCCGGAGUCUUCAAAUAAAUGAUGGAAAGAAUGUGAACAUCAAUGGAUUAUCUUCAAUUAACAGCCAAUUGUUCGGCAUUGGAAUGAAUCGAUGCCAAAACGUGCAUAUGACAAGAGUGAAUGUCUUGGCUGCAGGCGAUAGUCCAAACACUGAUGGCAUCCACGUGCAACAAUCAUCAGAUGUGACCAUCCUCAACUCGAACAUUGGAAAUGGUGACGACUGCAUCUCCAUCGGUCCAGGGACAUCCAACAUGUGGAUCGAAACUAUUACAUGUGGGCCUGGACAUGGAAUCAGCAUUGGGAGCUUAGGGAUAGGGGCUGAGGAGGAUGGAGUGCAUAACGUUACCGUGAAAUCAUCUACAUUCACGGGGACCCAGAAUGGAGUAAGGAUUAAGUCUUGGGGAAGACCAAGCAAUGGAUUCGCUACAAACGUUCAUUUUCAACACAUUACUAUGGAUAACGUGAAAAACCCAAUCAUAAUUGAUCAAAAUUAUUGUCCACAUCUCAAAGACUGUCCUGGUCAGGUAUACUUCCUCAUUAAUCUCAUAGAUGUUAAUUUUUUUCUAAUUAUAUUUUAUCUUAAAUUUAAUUGUAGUCCAACAAAUCAUUGCACUGGAUUAAGCUUGAUAGACAUAAACCUAACUUACGAGAAUCACAUCGCUAAAGCUUCAUGUAAAAAUGCUGAAGGAACUACCUCUGGUGUGGUUGAACCUUCUGGUUGUUUAGCAUCGGCAAACUUUUAUCCAUAUAAUAUAGACCCUUUAGGUUAUUCUUAA